GCAAGAUUGCGUCAGUUCCAGCGGGAAUUUCGCAGAGGAAGGACAUACACCGCUCCUUACAGUGACCUCACCUGCCCAGCCCCCGCCCACAGCCAUGCAAUCCAUCAAAUCCGUAUGCCAAGUGAGCCUGGUGGCAGCAUGCAUCAUUUUCACACUGCCCUGGACACAAGCACGGUCGGCAGAAGGCUUUGGAAGAAUGGGCAGACUGCUGGCGUCCCUCAAGGCUGACUCUUUGACCCCCAUGCAAGGCUACGGGACAGAGACAGGGCACCCAUUGGAAAAGAGACAGAUUUACGACUCAUCCUGCAAGGGGGUGUAUGACAGGGCCAUAUUCAGCGAGUUGGAGCAUGUCUGUGAUGACUGCUACAACCUCUACAGAACCUCCAGAGUGGCUAGUGGCUGCAGGGAGAACUGUUUCGAGAAUGAUCUGUUUGAGGAGUGUGUGUUUGAGCUGAUGCUGCCUGACGAAAUGUUCUUGAUCAGGGACGCGAUCAGAGGAUAAGCGUCGAAUACUGAUCAAACUGCUACAGCAACAUGGUCAUCCGGCAAUGCAUGGAAGACCUGCUGCUGAUGGACAACUUUGAAGAAUACGCCCGGAAAAUACAGAUGGUCGGCAAGAAGUAAACACAUUAACACUAUCCUACCACACCAUCCGAAUUAAUAGCAGAGAAUGGCUUACUAUUGUUACUACUAAUCGUCUCUGAAAAUCUCUUGUGGGUUGAGUAAAAUAAGGAGGAUUUAAUCUCUUUCCCCCUUCGUGUUAUCACCAAAAGGAAGGUUAAAUAAGAAAAAAAGGUUAUUUCUUUCAUCAUAUCUCCUUCCUCGUCCUCCUCCUCCUCCUCCCUCACUUUUAGCUAUUUAUUGAGAGUGUUCACUUGUCUAUAUAUUUAUUACUACUCUCUCUAAAAGCUAUUUCACAAGUGCCAAAGACGAGAAUGUUUGAGUGAUAGUGUUCUCUCUCUCUCUCUGUGUCUCGUUUUCAAAUCACGCGCCAAAUACUGGAAUGAAAACAGGAUAAAUGAGAUGGAAGUCUAUAUUUAUUGCUAUUCUCUCUAAAAGCCAUAUCACAAGUGCCAAAGACGAGAGUGUUUGAGAACGUUCAUGUUCGAGAAUGUUUAAUAAUGUUCUGUCAUGUUUUCAAAUCACACGCCAAAUACUUGAAUGAAAAACAGGAAAAGCACGAUCAUAGUCUAUAUAAGUUUCAAACCACGCGUCAAAAUACUGAAUAAUGAAGGGGUAAGGAGCCUACUUUAUUUAUCACUCUCCCUUACCUUAUUCACUUGCAUCUUCAGCUAAACAAAUGAACCAACAACGUCUAGUUAACAAAAGCAACGCGCGGCUGUCGAUGACCUUAAUGCUGAUCAGAUAUUUGAGUAGAGCUUUAAUAUAUCUAUCCACGUAGUAAGAUAGACGGAAAACGUGCAAUAUACAUGUAGUAAAGGCAUGAAUCAGGCUCGAGUCUUCUAUUAAACACGUGAGCCAACAGUGUCUAGGUAAAAAAAGCAACGCGCAGCUAUCGAUACCAUUAAUGCCUAUCAGAUACUUGAAUACAGCUUUAGUACAUCUAUCCACGUAGUAAGAUAGAUGGAAAACGUGCAAUAUGUAGUAAAAGGAAUGAAUUAUUAGGCUUGUGAACCCUCGAGUAGGACCCAGACCCAGACCCAGACCCAGACCAAGACCCAGACCAAGAGCAAGAUCAAGAUGAAGACCAUUCCGUCCCUUUAUUGGAGUAAGGACUACCUAACACUUGCCAGUCAUUCCUUUAGCUUAUCUCGAUCUGUUUAAUUUAUUGACUAUUUAUUGAAUGGUGUACUAGAACGCUUGUUAUUAGUUUCAGUAGCGACUUUAUUGAUUAUUUAUUGGAUAGGCUUCUGUUAUUGUUGUUCUUAAGGCUUUUCACGGUUUUUGGUUCAUUCGUAUCUCAAAUAUUUCGGCUAUUGUAUAUUUCUUUGAUCAAACUUGGAAGAGAAAAUGUAAACAAAAAAUGAAGAUUGAAACGUAAAGUAAAUGGAGAAGAAGAAGAAGAAGAAGAAGAAGAAGAAGAAGAAGAAGAAGAAGAAGAAGAAGAAGAAGAAGAAGAAGAUGAUGAUGAUGAUGAUGAUGAUGAAGAUGGAGAUGAAGAAAAAUUAAGAAAACACUUCAAUCUAUACCAAGACAAAAAAAAGAAAAAUAUUUUACAAGAAAAUACAAAGCACUUUGAAAUUCUGAGCCGAAAUGAACAAGAUAUCUGAAAUUUUGAGCCGAAAUGAACCAAGAGGAUAUGAAGAAGAACCACAACACUAAAAACCUUAAUAAUAACUAGAACAUACUUAUCUAAUCUAACUUAUCAUCUAGUCAUAGUUUAAGAUAACACAAACAUUAACCAUUAUUUUUGCUAUGUGUUUUAAGGUAACGACCAAAAUGUAGUCGUAAUAUUUCCCUUUUACGAAUCUCAAGUGUAAGUUUGCAUCAAGUUUGUCUUUUAUAAGUAUUUAAGUGAAGCAAGUUUGUGUGUCAGUGUUUAAAGUGAAGGUACCAUUUGCCAAAGACUUACAAAUAGUAGUAAUAUGUGACGGGCGAGAGGAGGGAGGCAGGGAGGCCAUGAUGGAACAAAUAAACUUACAAUAUUAUA